CGCGGCACCCCCCUCCCUCCGGUUCCGCGCUCAGCCGCGAGCUUCACAACCACGCGGCGUCUUUCGCGUGAACGCGACUCGGUGGGGUGGCCGAGCCAGAGGAGUGACCGAGCCAGAGUGACGCUUCGUGCAGUGACGAGAAGCAGCUGCAGCAGCAGGUGGAUACAGAUGUGCAACACAACAACCGCCAUUCGCCACAAAGUGGCGGUGACGUCACCACGACGCUUGUGCCAGGCCAUGUGCACCUUGAGAUCAAGUGUACGUAUUGUUCAGGAAUUAUAAAAUAUGGAGGCCUGUGAUAAAUCUGACUGCAGUACUAACCAGGAACAACAACACUCAAGUGAAAUAGUGGCAGGAUUUUCUGCAGUAGCACAUUUGGAUGAAAAUAGGAAUGCAGAAUUAGAUUCUGGCCAUCAACUGAAUGUGAAAUAUUCAAACGCGGGGAAUGAUGAUGCCUUGCAGACACUUAUUGCUGAAAGCCCAGCAAACAAUUUCACAAGCCAUUCCCAAAAUGAGUCGGAACAUUUGGAAGAGAGAGAGAUGGUUGAGCCAAUGUUAUGCAGUAGUUUAAGCACCGAUAAACAAUUGGGGUGUUCCGAAAGAAGAAAAAUUCUCACUGACUCUUGUGAUCCAGGCAGUUUGGCGUCCAAGGGUCAGUCUUCCCCUGGCACGCUUAUGACUCAGAGUGGAGGAACAGGAGAUAUCUAUGACGGUUUGGCUCCUCCUACUCGAGGUUUACCUCAAGAUACACAUUCAGAAGAAGAUUAUUCACGUCCGAUGGAAAAUUUAAUUCGCGAUCAAAGUAAAUCAUCCUUGCACAAUAUCUCGGAAGCUGCUGUCCACCUUGUACAUUUGGAAACUACCACGUUGGAAAAUGUGCAUCAGCCUUGUUUUCCAAAGGAUCAGUUUGUUGGUGAAAGCAAAGGAAGACCAAGAGGAAGAGGAUUUCGGGAUCGGGGUGGUCGGAGGGGUCGAGGAAGAGGGAGGGGUAUACAGUCCUUGUGCAAGAGGGAUACAGACACACACCCUAACGUGCUGCCAGAGUCUGCAGUGCAAUUUGUUGAUAAACAAGAUGAAGGGAGAGCUGCGGUUGACGUUGCUGAAAGCGUUGAUGUCAAGCAACCAAAAUACAAGAAAAAAUCUGCGACGAAAGCUGAGUGCAUCCCCCAGAGUGCGUCACCAUCUGCAGAGGGUGGCCGGCCAAAACGACAAGCUGCUGUCAUGGCCAAGAAGUUUCUCCAGGAUUUGUUACUCGUGGAGGGCUCCCAACAGGAAGCAAGUGCCUCUGAUGUGCCACAGAGCAAUCAUGAUAAGAAGAAAUCAAGCGACAAGCGCACUGCAUUUUUGGAGAGCGGGGAACAUGCAGAGAGCUUCACUGAUGAUUCCAGAGAUGAGGACUUUAUACCUGAGGACGGAACAUGUGACUCUAUAACAGAACUCUACAGUGAUGGGGACAGCUGGGAUGAAGAAAGCAAGGACUCGGAAUUAAGGUCCCAGAGUGAGAAGCAGAGAAGGGCGACGCGGAGUUUGCUGCCCUGCGACAGAAUGAGCUUUUUCCACGAGGCUUUGCAGAGGACAAGAGAGCAUCGUCGGAUUCAUUACUCAUCUUCUGUGUACCCCCAAUGGGUCCCAUUAAUCACUGACUGGACCCUUCUGAGUACAAGCGACAGUGUGAAGUAUUUGCCAAAGGAGAGUCGUUCCCCGCGCUUUGAAAUACGACGAGAAGCAUUUCCAGAAGCAUUGCAGAUUCACCAGCUGCACAGGUUUGAAGCACUGCCGUUGGAUAGCCGCGCUUGGGAUUUAAACUUUUUUGUUGGGGGCCCUGUGUGGUCCCUGGACUGGAGUCCCACGCCCAAUGGCUCGCUGUCCAAUCAGCACGUGGCACUCUACGCCAACAGCAGUGCCCUGGAUCUGCACAAACUCAAUCAGAUCCACAGAGAGCUGGCCCUACUGCAGGUGUGGAAUUUGGGACCGUUGCAAAGUACAAAGAGGUCACUUUUCCAACCAGCACUGGCGUAUGGAGUGGCACUUGAUUUUGGAUGCAUAUGGGAUAUGAAGUUCUGCCCAAGUGGGUCAUGGGAAGAUCCCACUGCCCCUGUGAAGGUGCCGCGAAUGGCGCGAAUGGGGCUUCUAGCCGCGGCUUUUUCGGACGGCAAGGUGCGAGUGUUCUCGCUGCCGCAUGCGGAGGACUUGCCUCAGGCCCAGCUCGCCGACGCUGAAGGCUCUCAACCUGCCGAACAAAAGAUAUAUAAGGUCAAACCGGUGGUCACCUUGGAGGUGGGUGCUGUAAAUUCCCAAGCCUCUUCAACAAAUGGAGCUUGCUUCUGCUUGGCCUGGUCACCAUUGCAGAGCCAUUCUCAUUUGGCUGUCGGAUUUUAUGACGGUUCCGUUGGGCUGUGGGAUUUAACCACUAAAUCCAGCCUCCUCCGUGUAAAGAAGCCAGACGGAAACGUGAUUCUGUAUCCGUACAACACGUUCAGCGCCCACGACAAUCUCGUAAAGUCACUGGCUUGGUGUCCCAUGAACAAAAACUUCUUGGUGACAGCCAGCCACGACCGUUGGAUCAAGUUUUGGGAUGUGCGACGGGCGGAAGAGCCGAGCAGCGCGAUUCGCCGCCACCAGAACACAGAGGUCGCGUGGCUGUUGCACAGCUGCGGGGUCGUGGUGGCGCAGGAGAAUUGCUACGCUGCAUAUGGAGUAAAUGGCAUUCACUACCUGGAUUAUGGCUUCCUGGGAUACAAACCGUACCUCUUCAACCCCAGAGUGGGAACGAUUUGGAGUGUGUCGGGCUCGGACUGGCUGAAUGCGGUGUUUUCAGGAGAAAGCACGGGAGAAGUGAUCGGCGCCAUUCUUCCAAACUUUUGGAAGAACCCACACAACAUCAAGCACCCCUACUACAGCAGAUUUCCAGUGUAUGCAACCCAGCUGAAAGACGCCCCUUGCAAUGAAGAAGGACAUCGGGAGGAAGCAAGUCUGCCCAGUUCUACAUUAAAUGAGCAAAAUGUGACAGUGGUGGCAACGGAUGGAAACCUGUCCAAGUACACAGUCGUGUUUCAUGACACUGACCUGACGUGUUUUGAUGAUACCAAUAACCGAGAACCCUUUCAAAACAUGAAUUUUACAAGCAGCAACCACGCAACCUUGGAAGGAAAGCUCCCCAUUACGGGCAUUCACAAGGUUCGAAUUAAUCCCAACCUUGAUGCCCACGUUUGGAUACUGUCAGCUGGCUUUUCGGGAAUUAUUCGGGCACACAAUGUGUUUGCCAUGAAUACUGUGCUGACAGACCCACCAAAUGAAGCCUGCCAAUCAAAUGCUUCAGAGUCCACUAAACAAAUAUAAAAAUGUCUUGGAAAUUGUAAAUAAAGGAGGGCACGCUUGCAUAUUAAAGACGGUCACCGCAUUGCGCUCGUUCAGAUGCACUUCUGUGGCCGUUUGGAACGUUCUCCCUUCCGAUAUUAAGAAGCCGCUGGACCUAUGCACCUUUAAAUCUAGAUGGAACACAUUUCUUUACAACUGAUUUUUUUUUCCCCCCGCACCUCCGAUGAGUACGGUUGGUUACAUACAGUGGUGCGAGAGAAGUUGUACAUACACACAGUACAUAUUGACAACAAGAAAUUGGGACGUGUGAUUCACAACAGGAGCUGUAUUACAAACACAGUUUGGAGAAACGAUUGCAUGCCUCGUGGCAGCAGGGCUCCUCGUUGAUAAUCGAUUGUGGAUUUGAGGAAUCUCAGAUUGCACAAAGAUGUGUGUUGUGUUGGGUCAGACCAGAGGCUCGUAUUCCAUGCCCUCUGCUCGCUCCUAUUCAAGCAAUACAGUCCGUUCUCCUAUAACGCGGUAGUUGCAUUCCUGAACAACACUGCGUUGUGAAAAAAUCGCGUGAAAGUAAAUAAUGUGUAACAUGGUAAAAACAGUCCGCGAUAACACGUGAGAUACGUACGCAGGCUGAACAAAGACUGAGCCGCAUGGGUAGCAUCCAGCAGCAUCCCGCCUUGUGCAAUGCUACGCCGAGGCAGCCGUACGACCGCUUAUUUCUAUUCGUGCGACGGUCCGUUCGCUCCAUCGCGUUAUAUAUAUAAUUCGCGUCCGCAUUAUAAAAAAUGUUUCCUCGUACAUUCAUCGUGUUAUAUGCAAUUUGCAUUUUAAAAACGCGUUCCAGGAGAAUAGACUACUCCUCCCUCUCGGCUUGAGGCCUCCAAUGAGAGAGUGAUCGCGUGCACAUUUGUAAUUCAUAAUCAUCGCUCUAACUAGGCGAUGAUGGUUAAAAUGAUCCUAGCAGUCAUAUUCUCACAUUCGUGACAUUUCUAUGCAUUUAAAAGGGUUGAAGCGUGCAUCGUUUUAUUUGGAGGUGAUGAGCGCUGUUUGAAAACUUCAUUCGCAGAGUAAAACACAUCAUCACAGACUCCCUCAGCCAUCGACGACCUUGCCAAAGAUGUCCGAGUCCAGGCUCAAAUCUUUCCCUUCUCUCUUGCGCCUGUGACACUUGACUGCUUCUUUUUGUUAAGAGGCCACUGAGUGCACGGCCUCUCGACGUCGCCGUGGUGAGAUGCUUUGUGAUGGCCACGGUUUUUGUUUUGUGAAAUAUGAGACGUGCGACAAAGCAGAAGGAAUGUGACCAUAAACAAGGUUCCACUAUACCCCAGUAUCACGCAAUGUUUUUACACACUGUUAUUCAACUUGCCCUGUUCGUGUAUAUUCUUGAAAAUCUUUAACGUUUAAUAUCUUCGGAUCUACGAAGCCUAACCAGGCUGUUUUGGUUGCUUCCCUUUGAGUUAGCGACUUGCUGUAGUGGGCACAGUGCCAAGGCUUAUCCAGCCACUCGAGUGCGGGAAUUGAAGUCAUUUUAUGUUUGGAUAAAAAAAAUGUUCCCCCAUUAUCGCACUGUUAAAUAAUGUUAACUAAAAAAAGUGAGAUAUAAAAGUGUUUGUGAUUACAACCUACAUCAGUUUUGUAAAUGUCUGCACACUAACGAAAACUACUUACACGGAGGUGUCUCCAUCAAGAAUGUGGAAGUAGAAAAAAACCCGUUUUAGAACGUUCAGUUUGACAAUUACACAUGCCGAAACAGGGACUCCUCGACUUACGAACGAGUUCGGUUCCAGACGUCUGUUCGUAAGUCGAUUUGUUCAAAUUUACUCCUGUCGAUUCCAAACAUGUACGGCGUGUACACUAAACACGGAGAAUGGCUUUAAAAGUUGUAUAAUCUCCUGCAACUAUAGAUGCCACUGGUUCUUUAUGUUCUGCCUGGCCUGGGCAGAAAUGCUGGGUAAUGACACUGAACAACCACCGCCAUCUAUUGCGCGGUGGUUGAACUUACAACUCUCGGUCCAAAAAGGCAACUGGACAUAUGGCCAGGUUUGUUCGUAUCUCUGAAAGUCAAUAAGUCGAAUGUGUAAAUGUGACAAAUCUUAUGAGUGGCUUAGAAACGAUAUAUGGGCUUUUAAAACCAAAACAUACAUGUUUUGGGUAUAAUGUAAACGUUUAAACUAGAAACUUACUGCCACCGAUUGUUCAGAGUUUGGGUGUUUGACUGUGGGCUUGCGAUGUCUGAUUACACAGGCACUAUCACAAAAUAAUUGUUGAUCAUUUAAGUUUUUUCUUUAAGUAAUAUGGAACCUAAAAUCGUGAACGUGACAGAGGGUGAAAAAACAUGCGUGCAAAAAACAUGCGUGCAAAUAGAACAUGAAUCCGGGGGUCGCGGUUUCUUGUGAUCAUUUUAAGUUUAUUUUAACAUGUUAAAUAUAUACAUGUUUUUCCUAACACCAAAUGGUAAUACAGUAAUAACUUCG